GGGAGAAUGUGAAAGAAUGAGAAGUGCCGUGUUCGAUUGCGAGAGUACUCAACACAAAACCGAACAAGUCAGUGUCGGUUUGGACGCCGACUAGAACCUUUAGUUUCUUUCUCACCCGAAACUCGUCUCUAUUGUCGCCUUCGUAUCGAUGCGGUGCGGGUCAUUUCUUGUUAUUUGCCAAACAACAUUGCAAUACUUUUAUCACAACUCCACCCAAAAACCCUUGAUAAUCACAACUAACUAGUUUCUUUGAUAAUCCUACGGACAAUCUCUAAUAAAAAUCUCUUAAAAUCAAGUGAAAGAUCCUUAAUAAACAUUCGAAAAAAACCUUAUAAGACUAUAAAUAUAAAUGUGAUUUAAGAAAAAAACAUUUUAUUUUCAAAGUUUGAUGUCUAAAAUUAUUGUCACAAGUCACGACUGAAUAACGUAGUUUCGUUAUCCGGAUUUGCGAAAAAAACACGAGGGAGUUGUGUAGAAAAUCGAGAAAACCUGUGAGAGUGUUUACUGGAAAUUUUUACCAUCCACCCUCAACUGGUCCCCAAAACAGAACCAACAAGUUUUGCCUGAUAUUAAGUCCCGACUUUGGUCUACUAAAAACCACAAGGAACAAAGCCUAAGAUUGUGGGUAGAAUAAAUCAACCAAGAUCGAAGUCAACAAUUAACGGUUUUGUUAUUUUUAUUACUGAAUCACCAAUAAAUUUAAUAAAUAAACAUUCAUCCAAUCUGACUUGCAUGAAAGCGAGUUUAGCAAAGAAUAAGACAGUGAUGAAGGUGAAAAAUGUGACAAAUCAGCAAUAAUUUCUUAAUGAUUUUAUAUGUUUCAUCGGGAAAAAAUUGAAGUUGUGAUAAUGACAAAAGUGUUAAAGCGUAAAACAUCCAGAAAUCUGAGUGAUUAUCUCAUGUGAUUGCUGAACAGAUUAUGAAGAUAUCGAAAAAAAUAAUAAUAAUACUCGAAAUUCAGUUGAAAACAACGAUGAACUUCAUUUCUCAAUUUAUAACUAAUAAUUCAAUCAGUGAACUUAAUAAAUAAAAUAGUAAUAUUGUCCUCAAUUGCUGACCAAACUGAAUAUAAACUAAUUGAUAUUUCUGCAACAAUCACUAACCAUAAUACUAUAAAAUCGACUAUCUUCCUUCCUAACAGCCCGAAUAUUUUAAAACUUAAAAAAAAACAAACAAAAUAUAAUUACUAAAGUGCAGUGCUUGAAAACAUUUUCAAUUUUUCCCAAGCGAAACAACCUAACAGUAAGAUAUACUGAAAAGUUUAAAAGUACCUCAAAUUAAAGCUUAAAUAGCACAAAAUUACUCCUACGAAAAGAAAAUACCGUGGUAACUUAUAAUAGCAAAGAAAUACAAAACUCUAAAAAUAUAAUUAACCACACGAUAUUCUUCCAUGCAAAUUAAAACUUGGAUAAACAGCAACGACGAUAUAUAUUUAUUCGCAAAAAAAAACCAGCCAAAUAAUCAAUUUUUCAAAAUAAGCAAUAUAUUUCGAACAUCUUAUGAUAUUUAACGGUUAAAUUCGUUAAGUUCUUUCGUUCAAUUAUCCGUCAGAAAAGUGCGUCUCACACUAUGUGCUUCUGUGAGGCAGCGAAAAUUCAACGUGAAAAAGAAAUUAAUGAAAAAACAGCAGCAACAAAGUGUCUUAAGAAAUUGGUGAUAUAGGAAAAAAAAAGAAGAAAUAACACACAAACACAUAAGAUUAAAAAAAAAAACGAAAAAAUCCCUAUUAAGUCUCUUCAAGUGCGAGUGAAAUUCCCAAAUGUGCUAAACACGUUAAUAUAAUUAAAACUUGAUAAUUGUUUUAGUAAGAAAUAAAACAUAUAUAUUUGAUAGGUUGACAGAAACCACGAUAGUCGCGAGUUUUUAUACAUUUGUCGCGAAAUAAGGUGUCACAAGCCACAAGAUUAACAAAAAAAAAUAUAAUUUAAAAGAAUUAUUCGUAGCUGAGACGUUGAUUAGCUGAAAAAUUUUUGUGCAUUUCUUAGCGUCAACGAUUUCAAAGCAAAGAAAAAAAACGUUAAGAACAGUGAUAAAAGUGCAUACACGUGUUCCAAGGAAGUCCGCCAAGUGGAGAGGAAGAAGCAAGACUUUCUCGCAGAAAUCUCCAAGAAAGUUGUAUGCAGAUACCGAUUUAACAGUGCGGAACGGAUAAAUUCCUGCAGGAGUGAUACAUUCCCAUUGCAGUGAUCUCUUAGAUGGUGGCAUUGCCGUGGAUGUCAGUAAGACUACCCAAGUUAACUGAGCAUCCCUGAUCGAUCUACUCACAAGGCAGUAGAUCGACAGUUUGGCUGAAGAAGGAGGUGAAGAUUGAUUUUCUUGUUGAGGAGCGAAACGCCACCAUCAAUCCGGACCCCAUGACGAUGGCGGAGGGCAGUGACCCUAUGGGGCCCAGUCCACAUCACCAUCCGCCGCCCUAUCAGUCCACCACACAACAACAGACUGGCCCCGCCAAGUCUCCCCCGUCGGCACAGCCCGUCAAUAACAACCAUCCCCUGAUCUCCAACCAAAAUGUCCCCUGGAAGCAGAGGAAGAGGAAACGACUGAGUGCAGUGCUCGACAAGUUGCACAACAACAACAUCAUCAGCCUGCACAACAACAAUCAGGGUGAGUCAAGUUUCAAGGUCAAAUGUACCGACAACAGCCGCUCCAGCGAGGAGGAUCAGGAGUCCGAUGUGUUCUCAACGGCUGACAGCCCACGAAUAAGUGUCAGUCCACUUAGGUUGGCUGAUGUGGAUGCACUGAGGGUGCAGGUGAAGCAGGAGCCCCUGCCCAGUCCACAUGAUCGCUACUUCCCAAUGCCGUCACCCCUCUUUGGGUACUACUUGCAAGCCAAAUACCUGCCUGAUCUCUUCCGGCGACGCAGUCAUUCGGAUUCGGACCUGCAGACAACGCCCGAAAUGAUGCUGAUGGCGCAACAACCACAGGAGUUUCCGCUCGAUCUAUCGAUGAAGUCGUGCGGAAAACAUCAGAAUCCUAGUAUUACGGAUUCUAUGUUCAUGACGCGUACACUUGGCGCCAUGAAUGCACUGAGUAGUAUCCUGCCACCGGGAGCCGUGGGAGUUCCGGUUGUUAAAGGCGAUGUUGCAUCGCCAACAACCAAGGAGUCCGUUGCGACACGCUACAACCUCGAUGUAUCUCCAGUCGUUGAGGAGAUGCCACCUGGAUCCGAUGUAGCCUACGUCUGUCCUGUUUGUGGACAAAUGUUCUCCCUACACGAUCGCCUGGCCAAACAUAUGGCGAGUCGUCAUAAGAAUCGCACCACCUCCACGGACAUCACUAAGGCCUACGUGUGUGAAGUAUGUCACAGAUCAUUCGCGCGUUCUGAUAUGCUGACGCGUCACAUGCGUUUGCACACGGGUGUCAAGCCUUACACGUGUAAAGUGUGCGGACAGGUGUUCUCACGAUCUGACCACCUCAGUACGCAUCAACGCACGCACACAGGCGAGAAGCCGUACAAGUGCCCACAGUGUCCGUAUGCAGCCUGUCGACGUGACAUGAUCACGCGUCACAUGCGCACGCACGCACGCUACGACGCCCAACGACCGAGUGCUUCUGCCGCGGCUCCCGUGAAACUAGAAACACCUCCACUCACAAUGGUGAAGAUGGAGCCACCGCAGUUGGCGAUCGUGAAGACAGAGAGCGCUUAGAUGGCUCUCCAAGUGCACCACCCCAAGACUGACUGAACUCUUCAGCAAAUACACCUUCUUCCCCCAUCUUUACAUGCCUCUCAGAUGCUCUGCCCCACACCCUGCUUUCAUCUCAUCAUUCACACAUCGCACAAUCCAAUUAGGCAUACAGCACUGGAGAGACUCUUUCAACAAAACAAAUGACAAAAAGGUGACCAAGACCCUGGGAGAGUGUGAGGAAGCUCUAGAAGAAAUGUAAUGAAGCUCAUUUUUUCGUGUAGAGAUGUUAAGAAAGAGAAUUCUAAGAAAUUAAGUGUCUUUUGCCAGCGAUAUAUCUAUAAAAAAAAAGAAUCUGUGAGAAAAGCACUAAGCUGAAUUAGAUUUUUGUAAUACAGGAUUUUUUUUUUGUACUUUAGAAGACCCGAAGAGUUGAAAUGAAAUUUUUGUGUUGAUAGUGA